AUGACAGACACUGUGAUGGGUGAUGACACUCACGCUGGGAACCUACCCACAGAACCGGCCUGCCCAGACAACAACUCCGUCGCAGUCAAUGCUACAAUCUCUAAAACAACUACAGAUACACCGAAAGACGAUGGUAGUGAUUUUUAUAAUACACCUUUGAAUGUGGGAGCACCUCUUCAGCCGGGAAACGCCGGCCCUUCGAACCUCGAAACCGUCGCCGCGGAAGGAUCCGAGAAGCCGCGCAUUAUGAUCCCAGGUCUUACACUACUGAGCGAAGAGGAGCAUCGGAAUAGCAGUCAUUCUCCACUGGAAAAUUUGUCUAAACCACUACUGAACACGAAGGAGCCAAGUCCCGAGAAGACAGAAGCAGCAGAUACAAUCAUGACCGGAGAUGGCAUAGAGGAUUCCAAGCAGACUAUCACGGAAGCUGCUAGCAAUUCUACGGCUAGAGAGUAUGCCGGUGCCUCUUUAUCUGCAGAAGCCGAAAUUGCGGCGCUUGCGGCUGAAAUGAUCGAGGGAAUACCCCCCACUGGCGACGGAGAGCAACAGGCUGACGGAGGCGAUCACCCAGAGUGGGAGGUCGACUCGUCCCCAUAUGAAUCCUCUUCAGAAUCUUCUACUGAUUCUGACUCAAGUGACUCUGACGAUGACGAUGAUGACUAUGAACUCCUAGGUCCUGAAGAGCAGGCUCGUUUAUUGAUGGCUACAGAAGGGGGAUCGGAUGAUGAAGGAGGGGAUGGUGGUAGGGCGGCAGUAACCGAAGUCAGGACAGCGAACGAGAAGCCAGAUGAAGUUGUACCAAUGCCGGAUAUCACCAUCACUCCCGAAAUGAAGGUUGAGAUGCUAGGAAAUGUUGAGAGCAUUGUGGAUAAUGUUGUGCUGGUACGGGCAAACAUAUCUGGCGAGUACCGAGUUCUAGAAACUGGCUCGGUUUUGUGCUCUGUCAGCUUGAAGGUGAUCGGGGUGGUAUCUGAAACACUUGGUCGUGUUCAGCAGCCUCUAUAUACCGUUCGGUUCCCCAACGCAGAAGCGGUUAAAGAAGCUGGUUUGGAGAAAGAGACGCCAGUUUUUUAUGUUGUUGAUCACUCAACUUUCGUGUUUACACAGCCACUCAGGGGCCUUAAGGGAAGCGAUGCUUCGAACCUGCAUGAUGAAGAAGUGGGAGAUGAUCAGAUAGAAUUCUCAGACGAUGAAGCUGAAGCUGAGUAUAAGCGGCAACUCAAGUUGAAACGCCAGGCAAAGCGUGAAGGAAAGUCUGAACGCGGAGGAGGAGGUAACAGAGGAAAAGGCCCAUCCCUUCCACCUUCGAACCUACGGCAUUCGGAACUCAACUACGAUGACAACAGCACGAGCAAUAACAACAACAAUAGCACUAGCAGCACUGAAAAUGAUUGGUAUACACGCCUUGCUCGGCCGCAAAAUCUGCAUGAGAUGAUGGGUGGUGAAGCACCCAUGGAAAUGCCGCAUUCCUCUGAACAAUAUGGGGGCGUGGCCGUGGGAGGGGUCACGACCGAGGUGGACGAGGUGGGCGAGGUGGGCGAGGCGGCAGGGGUGAUCGGAUGUGGUAAAAGCAGAUGGUGGCUUUUAUUGACCUGGGACAAUCCAAGUCAAGAUGGAAACUUGGAUAUUGCCCUCGUACUCUCUUCGCUUCCUACAGAGAUUCGGGACUGCAUGAUAGCUACUACCAAUAGCAUUGCCCGAGCAGAGGAUAUCACAGGCUUGCGAUUCUCAAGCGUGCUUGAUAGGUUAAGUGACCAGAGGGAUAGCAGUGUCAGGGCUGAACUGCCAAUUUUUUUAUAA